GAGCCUGUGCCUGGCUGUUCCCGAUCCCCAGAUGUGGAUGAUGACUGGCCUGGAGUACCUGCUGCAGUUUACCCUGAAGAGCCGGAAGGGGCCUGGAGGCUGCAGAACAUCAGCUGGAAUAAGGUGCUCUCUCCAGUUUGAGGUUUUUCUGGUUAAAGAAAGAGUAAAAUGGCCUUGAUGUUGCUCAGUCGACAGCCUGGAGUUCUGUUGCAGAGAACAAGUCAGCUAUUUGCAUGUGGGCACAGAUUGAUCAGUCAAACUGCAGCUAAAAUUGAUGUGGACUUUGAUUAUGAUGGACCGUUAAUGAAGACAGAAGUUCCUGGGCCUAAGUCCAGAGAGUUAAUGAAACAGUUAAAUGGAAUUCAGAAUGCAGAAGCCGUGCACUUUUUUUGCAAUUAUCAAGAGAGCCGAGGGAACUACCUUGUAGACGUAGAUGGCAACCGCAUGCUGGAUCUCUACUCUCAGAUUUCAUCCAUCCCAAUAGGUUACAGCCAUCCAUCUCUGAUGAAACUUCUCCAGCAGCCACAGAACUUGAGUACAUUUGUUAACAGACCUGCUCUUGGGAUUUUACCUCCAGAGAAUUUUGCUGAAAACUUAAAGGAAUCUUUGCUUUCGGUGGCUCCUAAAGGCUUGCAACAGAUUAUCACCAUGUCCUGUGGAUCCUGCUCUAAUGAAAACGCCUUUAAAGCAAUAUUCAUGUGGUACAGGAACAAAGAAAGGGGUAAUAAUAAUGUCACAAAGGAAGAACUGGAGACAUGCAUGAUUAACCAGUCUCCAGGGUGCCCUGACUAUAGUAUUCUGUCCUUUAUGGGUGGAUUCCAUGGAAGAACCAUGGGUUGCUUAGCUACAACUCACUCUAAAGCAAUUCACAAAUUAGACAUUCCAUCAUUUGACUGGCCGAUUGCUCCAUUCCCAAGACUAAAAUACCCCCUGGAAGAGUUUGUGAAAGAGAAUCAACAGGAAGAAGCCCGCUGUUUAGAAGAGGUGGAAGAUCUGAUUGUAAAGUACAGGAAAAAGAAGAGGAUUGUUACUGGAAUAAUCAUUGAACCAAUUCAGUCAGAAGGGGGAGACAAUCAUGCUUCAGAUGACUUCUUCAGGAAGCUACGGGACAUUACCAGAAAGCAUGGCUGUGCAUUUCUGGUGGACGAGGUGCAGACAGGAGGCGGCUGCACUGGGAAGUUUUGGGCCCAUGAACACUGGGGCCUAGAUGACCCAGCUGAUGUGGUAACAUUUAGUAAGAAGAUGAUGACAGGAGGAUUUUUUCACAAGGAGGAGUUCAGGCCCAAUGGUCCAUAUCGGAUUUUUAACACCUGGCUUGGAGAUCCCUCCAAGAACCUCAUGGUCGCUGAAGUCAUUAACGUUAUUAAGAGGGAAGACCUUCUAAACAAUGCAACCCAUGCAGGGAAAGCUCUACUAGCCGGGCUGUUGGACUUACAGGCUCGUUACCCACAUCUCAUCAGCAGAGCGAGAGGACGAGGGACAUUCUGUUCGUUUGAUACUCCAGAUGAUACAACUAGGAACAAGCUAAUUGCAAUAGCCAGAAACAAAGGUGUUGUGCUGGGAGGCUGUGGCGACAGAUCGAUCCGUUUCCGCCCAACUCUGAUCUUCAAGGAUCACCAUGCGCACCUCUUUCUGAACAUCUUCAGUGACAUCUUAGCAGACUUCAAGUAAAGACACAUUUUCCUUGCACUGAACAGUCCUGUCCUGUCCUGUCCUCUAAGAUUAUGAAAUUAGUUUACUUAAUUGAUAUAUAUUUUCACUUACAGGACAAAAUGUGAAUUCAUAAAAUGAAGCUGUUGUUUUUUUCCCAUGCUUACCAGCAAGUCAGGCUGCUUUAAACUGAAACUCUGGACGCACAUGGAGCUUUGGAGUUUCACAGAUCCCCAGCAAGUGCAUCCAAAUGCCUGUGCUCUGAGCAGUAUGUUUGCAAGGGAUAUUACACUUGUUGAGUGCUAGAUUGCACUCCAUUUUCAGCCUUGGGUCAGAGCAGGAAACAAGGAAUAACCCUACAGACGCACUGCCUUUCAUAUUUGAUUAUUUAAACAUAACACAAUAAUAUCUAUAUUUUCAUAGGUUAAUGCUGUAACUUUCCAUUUUCCACUUUGUGUCCAGACGAAGCAGCAGGUCUUGUGAGUGUGGGGUAGAAGCUUAGGAGAUGUGUCUGCCAAGCAGAAAGUGCCAUUGUCUGACAGUGACUGGGAGGAAAGAACAGAUGUUUCAAAGUAAGCUCUGCUUUCCAGCACUGCCAAGUACGGUAUUUCAGAGAAUCACUUCCAGCUGUGUUCCCAUAAAUACUAACACACAAUCUGCCAUACCAGACUGUACCAAGGGACCAUCAGAUCUGCUACCCUGUCUUCGGCCUAUACCUAGUUCUUCAGAGGCACUGAUGCAUCUGGCCAGUUGAGCGGUACAUGGAAGUGAUGGGGGGAAUAAUUCCUUUCUGGCCCGUGAUUAGUUAUUCCUAAUGUAAACAGUCAGCCUUGUGCACACAAACCUGUACCCAAAGGUUUCUGAAUUGCUGAAGCUUAGGAAAUAAAAUGAAGCAUGUACUGCCGCCUUAUUUUAGCAAUCUAAAAUGUGUUGGGCUGCAGGAUUAUUUAACUGGCUUGCCCAUAAUAUGCAGCCAUUGAUUUAGCAAAAUUUCUAAGCAAAUAUUCAAGAUACUUUGCAAAACCACAGAUGCAUUGUUUUGUACCGAGCCAUUACUUGACAUCAGAUCUGUUUUGAUGGAGUCCUUACUAAGUGCACAGUUCUAAUGCAAAAUAAUUCUAUUGUUUUCGUAUAUUUCUUCUCUCACACUUGAGGGGUCCUUUAGAAAAUCACAGGAUCUAUAAAUGUCAGUGGUCUGUUCUGUUCACUAUCAGACAGUUGUUUUGGGGUAGCUCCUUUAUAUAUGUCUUUCCUCGAUCUAGUAGAAAGGAUAUUUUCAUUAAGCUGAUUUGCUGAGCUAAUACUGUUAUGCAUUCCCUUUCUCUUCACUAGUGAACGUUUGAAUUUUGACUGAAUGAUGACUGAACGUUAUUCAGGGUGAAAAAUAUUUUGAACUGAUUUGUGAAUUUUUCAUGUCCUGAGACAAUAGAUAAGUAUUACAGAUUAAACUAUUAAGCUCCCAGUGGCCAGUAGAUUCUACAGUGCAGUUCAGUGGAAGCACUUAAAUAUUUAGGUUGAGACCUGCACAUAGGCAAUUUAGACAUACGUUCUGAUAAGUUCAGUGAAAGAUGUGUCUAAGUCUUCUGGUCUGCUUUGAAAAUAUUUCUGCCUAACAAGUAACUUUCAUAAUUACUGGCAACUAGCAACCAAGGAAAUUCACUUCUGCUGAUUUAAAAAUAAGCAGGUUCAUGUAAGCCUGUCUGUGCUACAUACUGUUCUGGAACUUGUUGGUCAGAAUUUUCAUAGUGUAGACAGGGCUUUUGACCGUAAGUUUUCUGAUGAUUAUCUGUAAAAGUUCAUAGUUAGGGAAAUAGCCAGCAAAAGUCAGGGUAAAACUUGGAAUUGUAUGUAGAUUACAAAAGACUUGAUGGAGGGUUAGUGAAUAACUGUACAGUGAAACCUCAUUGUCAUCACAGUCCUAGUAGGUAUAAAGCUAUCAAGAAGAAAGUCAAACUAAGAAAUUCCUCAUUUGACAACAUUUUGGGAAUUAGUUCAUUCAACAUAUCAGUGCAGUAGAUUUUAGUAAAUGUCUCUAGCAAGUCUUGUACUUUUACAGAAUCAAAGGUCCAGUAAUGAAGUCUUAUCACAUCCUCACUUUUAUUAUAAAUACUCUAGGUGUUUUUAAUAACUUUUACUGACACUCAGUAACUGUUUAAAAUUGUGCACAAUGUAUGUUGAUCAGAUUAUGUUAGAAAACAUACUCAGAGAGCACUGCAGCCUAAGCAUAAUAAAGUAAUAUUGUUUACAGCAUAUUGUGGACAGUGCCAAAUAAAUGUUUAAACAAAAAUACCUAACUGCACUUCAUGAUGUAACUGGUGGUAAUGUACACGAAUCCAUGAAAUAAAUAAGUUUUUCCUGUGUAAUCAGUAUUCUUAAAUAAAUUAUUUAUAAUUGAA